GAAGAGAUAAUUAGUUAGGGGAAUAGGUUUACAGGCACAGGGGGGGAAACAGUUCAUGUGCUGCACAGCACACCCGGUUCUUAGGGCGAGAGAAAAUUUGUUUUGGCUACAGACACUGUUAGGGUGAAUUUCUUAAGGUGAAAUAUUUGUUAAGAGGGAGAACUGACUACCUUUAAAUGUUCUGCUGCCUUGUUCUGAAUAAGGGUUUCUUCUUGGAGAGUGGAGAUAGAGAGCACAGGAAGGGGUUCUUGGAAACCUGUUGCUGUGCAGCUGCUUAUGUGACGGUGCAGCUGUGAAUGACAUCUGCCCUCAUUGUGGCACCCAGUCAGCCAUUAGACACCUAACACGGAAAACUUUGGUCAAAAUUCCUUCUGUGGUACAUGAAGUUCAGAAUCAAUGCUUGGAUUCUACUUGACGCCCUUGAGUCAAAACGUUAUGAUUAUGACUUGACAUUGGUUGGGUACUGCAAGACUCUCCAAGACACAGAAGAGAUUUGAUACCAGAGAGCCGAGUAACACCCCCACACUCUUACAUCAGGAUACACCUUUACCCUCUAAUUUCUGUCUCUCUCUCUCUCUUUCUUUUUCUCUCUCUUUCUUUUUCUCUCUCUGGACGUCCUGCCUAACACCCGCUCUGCCCGGCAUGUGGAACUCCACGGCUGUGGCCUUUAACACGACCCCUGACCAGGCGAAACCAGAAGCCAUGACACAACCCAUGCCAACCAGUCUGAGUGAAGCAGCAGACAUAAUAACCCCUGUUGAUUGCGACGUGGAUGAUGGAUACUUUGAUGCCAUACUAGGAGCUGUCAUUGCUGCUGUGGUCCUGGUGCUUCUUUGCUUGGCAGUGGUAGUGAUUCGCUACAUGUACCGGCACAAAGGCACCUACCACACCAAUGAGGCCAAGGGCACUGAGUUUGCCGAAACAGCGGAUGCGGCACUUCGAGGCGACCCGGCUCUGCAGGAUGCCAUGGACGAGAGCAAGAAGGAGUACUUCAUCUGAUCUCAGGAGCGGCACCCCCUGCUGUUUACAAUGAACUUUAGUCUGCCAAAAUAAGUUUAUUUUGGGGUUGGAGGAUAGAAAAGCUUGGAAAGGGGGUGCAAAAUGCCCUCGCCAUACUGAGGCUCAGAGUGACAGAUCAGACAAUCUACCAAAGAAACAUCAGAUGCAUCUUACGAUAAUAUCAAUUCAGUAUUCUUCCCCCUAUCUGUUUUUCUCUCCAAUAUAUUUGGCAUAUCACCAAGCAUAUAUACUUUUCAAAACACUGCCUUUGCUAUUAGGAGGCUAUAUUUGUUAUGCAGAAGUGGGGAACUGUCAGGAAAAAAGCUUCUUAGGAGGAUCUAAGGCACCCAUAGACACCUAUGCCUUCUGUGGAAAAAGCAAGAGUAUUCCUAGAACACAGAGUUGGAAUUAAUGGACCCUUCUCAAAGAUGUCUAUGAUGAAAGUAAAGGAAGUGAAUGGAUGUAGAAUUUCUCUACAAGCUCAGAAAACUAACUGUAUUUUCUAAUGGUAUUGAACCCAAAGCAAAAUCAAUUUUGGAAUGAAGAAACCUCUCAAUAAAUUGUAGGAGGAAAACAUGGAACAAAUUAUGUCGAAGGAAGCAACUUUUACAGUACGAAAUUAAUCACCAAUUGACCCUUACCAAAAUCCUGAAUAUGUCUGGUUGCUCCCGGAAUUACUUUUGAAUAACUUUUGUUUGGAUUGUGAAUGUCAAUUUGUGAGUGUUCAAGGGAAUGCCUUUAGCAUUGGUUAAUAACUAGUUAAUUACAGAUCCAAAGAGAUAAAGUCAGAGCUGAACAAGCUAAAACUGCAGGAAGACCUUGCUGGAUGAUGUUAGUUGUGAAUACCAAUGUGAUGCUCUGUCUUAGACAGGGAGGACCAGGGUUCAAACAGGUUCCUAAUGACAGUUUCUCACUAGUAGCCUGUACACUGACUAAAAUCAAUUCCAAGUAUAUUGACAUGCUAUUUGGAUAGCCACAGAAAAACAAACAUAUUGUGGUCUUCCCAUCCUGAUUUGGGCUUAAUAAAUUACACUAACUAAAAGUAUUGUGCGGAUUGUGUCCAUAAAAUGUUUAGCAUGAACAUUAUAGACCUGACAUUUCUUGGAUUGAUGCAGAAAUCAAUGAUGACUUUGUGAGCACCAGAGGUUCUUGUAUGAAUGUCUAAGGGUGGAUAAGUGUUGUGAUCUGGUCAAGGCCGUAACCAUAUUUGUAGAACUAUUUUUGGGGCUAUUUCUUGGAACACUGUAAUGAUGCUUUUUAAAUUUCCUUGCUAAGGAAAAAUAUUAAAGUACAACUCAUUCAGCUGUAACUGCACUGACUCAGUGAAACGACAACUGCAAUCAUUGGAUAUUGUUUGUGACUUUCCGCCAGGACGAUACUAAACAAAAAUGAGAACACCAAGGAUUUUUUUUUUUUUCAAUUAAUUUUAUUGUGGUGGAAAUGGCAACUGAAAAUAAGCCCCCCAUGCUCCAAAUCUAGUUUCAAUUCCCCAAACCCUUUUUCUCUUCUCUGCUGGCUUUGAUUAAUGUGAACUUUUCUUUGUCUCCAUGAUUGCCAAGUUCUAAAAGAAAAGAAAUGACCGUUUUCUUGAUUCAAAAAGAAGGUUUGUUAGAAAGGACAAUGCAAGAUGGCUCCUCUGCAAAUUAUGCUUUGAUAACUAGUGCUGAUGCAAACAAGUAUAAGACACAUAUGCAGCAAUAUAAUUAUUCACUCUCCUGAGGGCGGACACUUUUUUUUAGAUCACACCUUAAAUGGAGAGUAAGACAAUUGCUACCAAAAUGUAUUUAAUCUCUGCUGAAGAUAAUGACAUUCUCUCUAGCUUGUAAUUUCCUAACACAAGAUAAAAAUGAAAAGGCUUGUAGUAAGAGGAUGCAUGGCUAUGCCAAGGCAUAGCAUUUAACAAAAGCUGUUCCAGAACUGAAGAUACCUUGAUCGCAGAAUUGUGCAUCAUUUGUUUGCUUUUGGCCCUCUUUGCAAUAGUGCAUGUCAUUGACUUUCACUAUAAGUGUAUUUCAUACAUUAAUAGCAGCUUUCAAACUGAGAGCUCUCUGUAACUACAGUUCAUUUGUUUUUUUUUCAUUCUUAACUGACAGGAGACCACUGACAUUGAGAAACAGAGAGGAAAGAUCUGAGCUAGCAUCAGCAGCAGUAAGAAAUACAACUUUACUCUCUGUUUCUUUUGCACUGUGGGAUUACCAGAUUCAAGUGGCAGGAAUUUACUCUUUACAUCCCCUUCACCUUGAAUGUUUUCUUAACUGUUGAAUUAUUCAUGUUGGCGCAUUAUUUUGAAGCUCAAAUGUUUUAUUUAUUUCCAGGAGGUAAAUCCAACUAAAAGCAAAUAAAAGGCAUUCUAAGUCAAA